AUCCACGCUGGCUGGGUUGGUCCUGUGGACUGGAACCAAGCGGAGGGCGUGCUCCGUGCGGUGGGUUAAGGAAGACUAAGGUUUGCGCUCAACUGUCGGAGAGUUUGUUGCUGGAAAUACCGUUUUAUUGAAAGGAAGAGAAAGAGAGAAGGAAAUUUGCCGGCAGGCUGCGGACGCGCCGUUUGGGUGAGGUGACCAGAAGCCGAGGCGGAAAGUAACUGUACUCCUGGAUGCCCCGUAGCUGGUGUCCGGACCAACAGGCUCCUGUCCCAAAGAUCUGAAUGUAACCUGCCGAUACUCAGGUGUAUUCCACGUAGAGAAAAAUGGUCGCUACAGCAUCUCCCGGACAGAGGCUGCUGACCUCUGCGAGGCUUUCAACUGCACCCUGCCCACGAUGGCCCAGAUGGAAGAAGCCCUGAGAGCUGGGUUUGAGACUUGCAGGUACGGGUUCAUACAAGGGCACGUGGUCAUCCCCAGGAUCCACCCCAACUCCAUCUGUGCUGCAAACCACACGGGGGUGUACAUCCUCCCCUCCAACACCUCCCAGUACGACACGUACUGUUUCAAUGCUUCAGCACCACAAGGGGAAGAUUGCACAUCAAUCACAGACCUGCCGAAUGCCUUUGAAGGACCAAUUACCAUAACUAUCGUUAACCGUGACGGUACCCGCUACACCAAGAGAGGCGAAUACAGAACUAACCCUGACGACAUCAAUGCCACCACUACUGAUGAUGAUAUCAGUGGUGUGUCCCCCAGUGAAAGAAACACUCCAACAAGUUACACCAUCUUCCACACCCAACUUCCAACCGAAUACCCGACCCAAGGCGGAGACCGUCCCUCGGUGCCCAGCUACCCAGAGGAUACCUCUGUUACCACUCAGCUACUAAUGCAAGUCACCACAACAGGUACGGAUUCAAAUACCACCUCAGCAGGCUGGGAGCCAGUUGAAGAAAAUGAAGAUGAAAGAGACAAAAACCCCAGUCAUUCUGGAUCAGGCAUUGAUGAUGAUGAAGAUUUUAUCUCCAGUACCAUUGCAACCACACCACGGGUUUCUAACAUCCCAACACAGACCCAGGAUCGGAACGAGUGGAGCCCAGGCUUUUUCAAUCCGGAAGUAUUACUUCAGACAACCCCAAGGAUGACUGAUGUGGACAGAAAUGGCACCAGUGAUUAUGGCGAAAAGUGGACCCAGGAGCCACAGCCUCCUCUCAUUCACCGUGAACAGCAUGACGAAGAGGAGACCCAGCAUUCUACAAGCACAACCUCAGCCAAUGACAGCCAUCCAAAUCAAGAAAUGACAACGCUGAGUCAAGAGGACAGUUCCUGGACUUCUUUCUUGGACCCAAUCUCACAUCCAAUGGGACGAGGUCAUCAAACAGAAAGCAUGGAUAUGGACUCCAGCCAUAGUACAACACUUCAGCCUCCUGCAGAUCCAAACACAGGUUUGGUGGAAGACAGGACAGAAUCUCUUUCAAUGACAACCCAGCAGAGUCACACUCAGAGCUUCUCUACAUCACAUGGAGGCUUGGAAGAAGAUAAAGAGCAGCCCAUGACUUCUACUGCACCCUCUAGCAGCGAAGAUGCUAGGGAUGAUGGCAAAGGUGGAAGAACAAUUGGAAAUCUUCCUGAAGAUUCAGCGACCUCAGCGGAAGCUUAUCCUCCUCAUUCCCCAGACACAAAGGAAUACACAACCCUCCCCCCAGUGACCCCUGCUAACACGGGGGCUCCUGCAGUUACUGAAGUUACUACUGUUGGAGACUCCAAAGUUCAUGUUGACCUUUCCUUAUCAGGAGAUCAAGACUCCUCUUCCGACUCCGCUGGGCGGCACCACACCACUCACGGAUCCGAAGCAGACGGACACUCCAGGGGGAGCCACGAAGGUGGGGCCAGCACAACCUCUGGUCCUAUAAGGAAACCUCAAAUUCCAGAAUGGCUGAUCAUCUUGGCUUCCCUCCUGGCCCUGGCCUUGAUUCUUGCAGUUUGCAUCGCUGUCAACAGUCGAAGAAGGUGUGGGCAGAAGAAAAAGCUGGUGAUCAACAACGGGAAUGGAGCCGUGGAGGACAGAAAGCCAAGCGGACUUAAUGGGGAAGCCAGCAAAUCUCAGGAGAUGGUGCAUCUGGUGAACAAGGAGCCGUCAGAGACCAUGGACCAGUGUAUGACAACCGACGAGACACAGAACUUGCAGAAUGAAGACGUGAAGAUCGGGGCGUAAUACCUACACCAUGACCUUAGAAAUCCUACCUAAUCUUUACAGGGAGCUGGGACAUUCACAGAUGCAAUGUGCUACUGAUUAUUUCAUUGCGGUUCUUUUUUUUUUUAGCAUAAAAUUUUCUACUCUUUUUUGUUUAUUGUGCUUUGUUUUUUUGAAGUCAAUUCAAUUUAUAAGAAUAGCAUUGCUUUCUGAAAUGAGGGCCCAAUUAACAAUUGGCAAGAAUUUGACUGUUUCAGUUCCCGCCUCAAAGCCAGUCUCACUCCCUGGGGUGUGUUAUGGACUGCUUCUCACAAAAGCCACACACACAUCUUUCCUAUCCCCAACCUUCCCUUCACCCCGCCUCCCAGUUGGCAGCCACAUGCUAAGGACAUCCCCAGAGCUAAGAGGGAUUGGUUCCUGGGAGGAAAUCUGAAUGGGUCCAUGUUGCCUUUCCAGGGGCCCAAUGCCUAGGCAUCACCUUCCAGUGGGGGAGGGACGGGGGUGUACUGGUUACACAUCCCCUCCUACAGACCCCCUGGAAAUGUCUCAUAUGCUUCUGAGAAUACCCAAAGGGUGAAGCUAUUUAUCUGUAGUGAGCUAUUUAUCUGUGUUUUUGAGAUAUUAAACCCUGGAGGUCCUUUGAUUAGUAUGAUUUUUGUUGUUGUUGUUACUUUGUCAGAGACAUAAAGGGGUUUAAGCUGAUUUAUAAUAAACAUCUGUACUUCUUCCACUUCUA